AUGGUUCUCUUCGACGAAGACCCCGUCACCCUCAUCCGCCAAACAACCCGCAACUUCCACACAGACAGCGAUCUGCAAUCCAUCUCGCGCAUCCACUCUUCUCUGUCUACUCUCCGCAGCGCCCGCUCUUUGCGCCUAAACGCUCAACACACACAACUCGCCCAGCUCUCCCGAAAAGCUCAACACCUACGCGCAACCCACGAUUCCGAAAUCUCGCGCCACGAUCCCGCUGCCCACGCUUCCGAUAUCCUAACUUUGGACACCGACAAGUUCAGAGUCGCAAAGGCCGCCAAUGAGCUAGAGAUUGAGGCUGAGAGAUUGGGCUCUGAAGUCUACACGCUCAAGAAACAAUUGCAAAAGCUGGAUGAUCAAGGUGAUGAGCUCGAGAGCGCUGAAAACAAGGCUGAAGAUGAGGUCGUGUUAAAACUUGGUGUUUACCGCAGCUUGGGCAUCGAUGCUGAACAAGACCACAACACUGGCGACUUUUCCCGUGCCGUUAUUAGAAACACCGCAAAGGGGAGCGUCGAUGUCGUCAACCUGGACCCGAAGUUCGAUCGCUUCUUCUACGCAAAUCAUUUCUGGAAUAGCAUGUGA